AUGCAACUGGCUCUCUUCAUGGUUCUUGUGACCUUUACCUACCUGUCUUGUGAGGUACAAUCUGUAUUUAGCUGGUAUGUUGAUAGAGGUAUGGGACACAUGCCACCAGAUUGUCGAAUUGCACUUGUAGAUCAAAUGCAGAAGAAAUGCACGGAUCAAGCCAGAGGGGUCACGCUUCAAUCAUUCUACGGCUGCAAGUUUGUAUGUAAAAGAAGUGAUGUAAUUGCUGCUGUCGGAAUCGCACAAACAUGGACAAUAAAUUUGAAGAACGGCAUUCCUUGCGGACCACUCGGUGAGACAUGCCAGCAGGGAGAAUGCGAAGCCAUCGACACAUGUGAAACUAUCUUCGUCUAG